UUUAGAUAGAGAUUCAACUAUAACGACAAAGCGAGAGAAAGGGAGAGAAAGAGAGAAAGUAGGAGAGGAAACAGAGACUGAGCACACGCAGGACCGCAGCUUGUCGAUCUGCCAAAUAUGACACACGGACCACCGGCGAGCCGCAAGCGGCAACAGCAGCAGAUCAACACCGACAUCGAGCAGAGCGUCGUAGAGGCGGAAAGCGGACUUCCGACGCCCCCGGAUGGGGGAUGGGGUUGGAUGGUGGUGUUGGCUUCCUUCAGUAUUCAUAUCAUCACUGAUGGCCUUACGUACUCGUUCGGUAUAUUCUACACGGAGUUUUUAACGUACUUCAACGAAGGGAAAGGCUACACGGCCUGGAUCGCGUCGAUCCUGGUAGGAGUGACACUAUGCUCGGGACCCAUCUCAUCGUCGCUGGUGAACCGGUACGGCUGCCGGGCGGUGACGAUAGCGGGUGCGUUGCUGGCCGCUGCCUCGCUGGCUGUCAGCAGCUACGCCACCAGCGUCUUCAUGCUGUUCAUUACGAUCGGCUUUGGCACCGGGAUGGGCCUGGGGCUCAUCUACCUGCCCGCCAUCGUCAGCGUGACGAUGUACUUCGAAAGACUGAGAUCGCUGGCAACCGGCAUCGCCGUGUGCGGCUCCGGGCUCGGUACGUCCAUCUUCGCCCCGCUAACCGAGGCGCUAAUCAAGCGGCUCGAGUGGCAGGGGGCACUGCAGGCGAUCGGUGCCAUCGUGCUGAUCUGCGUGCUGUUCGGGUUGAUGUUCCGCCCGUUGACGCACGAGUCAGCCGCUGCUGCUGCGGUAGCCGUUGCUGGCAAACAGGAUGAGGCAACGGUGCCAGCAUUGCAACAUUCCAGCACUGGCAGACCGGCAUCGCCAGCAAAGCAAACCACACACCAGAGCGGCGAGGGUGCCCUGAAGCGAUCCAACAGCCACGGCGACAUGGACAUUCCGAAGAUCGACCUUAAUGCGAAUGGUCACUCUAUCAGUGGCCACAACCUGGACGCGGAUCGCAAGCUUCUGCCGGUGGAUGAAACGAAGCGGCUGGGACUCAGCCAGCCCCUGCUGACAGCUCCGCUCACCGAUCAGCAGCUCCAGGCGACUACGAUGCAGGGCGCGAUGAAGCGAGCCGAAAGUGGCACCAUGUACCGCAAGGACGCCCUGUACACCGGUUCCGUCCACAACAUCGCAUCGCGUCACACGUCGCAGGCGAACCUGUCGGUGUACGAAAAGGGCAGCUACGGGUCGGUGCAGGGCAACGGCACGGGAACUCAGCUGGGCGGCCAGGACGCGACCGAGCAGUGCCUCGGGUGCAUCCCCUGCUCGAAGGAGACGUGCGACACGUUCCGCGAGAUGAUGAACUUCUCCAUCCUGAAGGACCCGAUCUUCAUCGUCUUCACCGUGUCGAACUUCCUGACGAGCGUCGGCUUCAACGUGCCGUACGUGUAUCUGGCGGCGCAGGCGCAGGUCCUCGGCAUCGACACCAAGAACGCGUCCUACCUGCUCGGCAUCAUCGGCAUCGCCAACACCGUCGGCCGCAUCGUGCUCGGCUAUGUGUCCGACAAGACGUGGGUCAACCGGCUGUGGGUGUACAACUGGUCGCUCGCGAUCUGCGGCAUCGCGACCGGCCUGUCCGUCUUCUGUCGCGACUUCUACUGGCUCGCGGUCUACUCGGCCGUGUUCGGCUUCACCAUCGGUGCCUACGUCGGCCUCACCUCCGUCAUCCUGGUCGACCUGCUCGGUCUGGAGAAGCUGACGAACGCGUUUGGCCUGCUGCUGCUCUUCCAGGGCAUCGCCUCCUUCGUAGGACCUCCGAUCGCAGGCUGGCUGUACGACUACACGCUCUCCUACGGGCCAGGUUUCAUCAUGGCCGGCACAACGAUCGCCAUCAGCGGCGCGAUGCUAUUCGCCAUCCCCUCGAUCCAGCGAUACCUUGACCGAAAGCGCUCCCCCGUCGCCCUGCCCGGCGGUAUUCCCAUGGAGUAGCGACCAACCCGCGCGCGCGCGUUCGUGUGUGUGUGUGUGUGUGUGCUUCCAUCCCGGGGUUUUGGCUUCUUUUGUUUUGGUUUUUCCUACGUUAAGUUU